UUGUCUUUCUUCUUCGCUAGCUCGGCUGAAACUAUCUCUCUCUCUCUCUCUCCCUCUGUUCAUCAAUGGCGGACAUGGAGUGCCCAACAGUGAUGAACAACCUCAUUACAUUCCUGUCAUCUCUACUUCAACGAGUAGCCGAAUCGAAUGAUCUCAACCCUCGAUUUCACCCGCAGAAGAUCUCGGCUUUUCAUGGUCUCACUAGGCCAACUAUCUCGAUCCAAAGCUAUUUAGAGAGGAUUUUCAAGUACGCUAACUGUAGUCCUUCCUGUUACGUUGUUGCGUAUGUUUAUCUUGAUCGGUUUACCCAGCAACAGCCUGCCCUUUCUAUCAAUUCCUUCAAUGUCCAUCGGUUGUUAAUUACUGGUGUAAUGAUUGCUGCCAAGUUCAUGGAUGAUUUGUACUAUAAUAAUGCAUAUUUUGCAAAAGUAGGAGGAAUCAGCACAACAGAAAUGAAUUUUCUUGAAGUGGAUUUCUUGUUUGGAUUAGGGUUUCAAUUGAAUGUGAACCCCACCACUUUCCACACCUAUUGUUCAUAUCUCCAAAGAGAAAUGUUGCUUCUUCAACCACCAUUAGAUCAUCAUCUAACAUCAUCAUCAUCAUCAUCAUCAUCGUCAUUGCCAUCAAUAACAACAAAACUGCUUCAUUAUGAAGAUGAUCAUCAACAACAAGAAGUGGCAGCAGUUUAAUCAGCAAUCUUUUCUUUUUCUUUUUCUUUUUUUUGAGACUGAAUUAAUCUUUUUAUCUUGAGCUUGAAUGAUGUGUUUUUAGGUAGAUUGUAGAUUAUUUUAUAUGGGUUUAGCAAGUUAAACCUUUUUAAGGCAGUUUUUUUGGGGGGUGUAUUUUACUUGACUUUGAUUGGUGGUAUAUACAAAUGGGAUGCUUUCUAUUU